AACUAUAAAGCAGGCCGGCUGCAACAAGUUCGAGUCGUUCACCCCACAAAUCAGCAAGCAAGAGAGCAACUAACCCUACCCUACCCUCGCAUUAAUCAUCGUCAUGGUCUCCAGGCUUCUCUUCGGACUCGUCGUCCUUCCUCUCUCCCUACAAUAUUCCUCAUCGGCGCUAUCCAAUCCACCAGAAGAGUUCGGCGGCGGCGGGCUGCAACAACCCUCGCCGCCGCCGACGUCGUCGGGGCUGCGGGUCGGAUUCUACCAGUACACGUGCCCGAACGCGGAGGCCAUCGUUCGCGACGAGAUGGCCAAGAUCAUCUCCCGAGUCCCGAGCCUCGCCGGGCCCCUGCUCCGGAUGCACUUCCACGACUGCUUUGUGAAUGGAUGCGACGGUUCCGUUCUUCUGAACAGCACCGUGCCAGGGCUGCCAUCCGAGAAGGAGGCGAUACCGAACCUCACCUUGCGAGGCUUCGGCACCGUCGACCGCGUGAAGGCGAAGCUGGAGCAGGCCUGCCCUGGAGUGGUGUCGUGUGCUGACAUCUUGGCUCUGGUAGCCAGGGACGUCGUUGUGCUGACCAAAGGGCCUCACUGGGAUGUUCCAACAGGGCGGAGAGACGGGAGGAGAUCGGUGAAGCAAGAUGCUCUGGACAACCUCCCCGCGCCCUUCUUCGACGCUGGUCGGAACCUGUACCAGUUCUUCAUCCCCAAGGGCCUCGAUGCCAAGGACCAGGUUGUUCUGCUAGGAGCGCACACUCUGGGGACCUCCCACUGCUCGUCGUUCGCGGACCGGCUGUACAACUUCAGCGGCACGACGGCGGCGGACCCGUCCCUGGACAGGCGCUACCUCCCGCGGCUGAAGAGCAAGUGCGGCAGCCCCGGCGACACGACGACGCUGGUGGAGAUGGACCCGGGCAGCUUCCGGACGUUCGACGCGAGCUACUACCGGCGCGUCGCCAGGGGCCGGUCGCUGUUCGCCUCCGACCAGACGCUGAUGAACGACCCCGCGGCCCGGGCCUACGUCCAGCGGCAGGCCGGCGCCGGCGCCGGCGCCUACCCCGCCGAGUUCUUCGCCGACUUCGCCAAGUCCAUGGUGAAGAUGGGCGCCGUGCAGGUGCUCACCGGCGCGCAGGGGGAGGUCCGGAGGCACUGCGCCGCCGUCAACUAGCUAGCGCGCGCUGCUAGCCGGACGCCAGCUGAGAUGCAUGCAUGUAUAUUACGUCGUAUAUAUGUAGCUCCAUCUCCGUUGCUUUGCUUAAUCAUUAGAGUACUGAUGUGAUGCAUCUGUAAGGAGGAUUUGUUGGUGAUUAUUGCGUAUUAAUUAGGUAGUGCUCACUUUUUAUUUCUUCCCAUGCAUCCAUGUGUAGAAACUGCUAAUAAAGGUGCAUGUGAAAUCAGCUCGUUUACAAUAUUUCCAUGGAAUCAAAUCAAAUAAACUUUUUUGAUUCGUCCAAAUUAA